UUACACUUAAGACAUAUGCAAUCCUCUCUGAAGAACAAGUUUUCCUUUCCGUAGUCUGAUACUGUAAGCUUUAGACAGAAAAAUAUAUAGGCCUAUUUAAGGUAAUAUUUUUAGGUAAUUGUUUUUGGUCUGUAUCGCGUAUUCAUUCCCAAAAUAUGUCUUGAUUGGUUUUGGGUCUCAAUAUGUUAUUAGCAUUAACUGCACCGGACUUUCGCUGAGUUUAUCCAUAAAUUUGAUACAUGGGAUCCUUUGGCUUUUAUCAUGUUGGGUCAUCUUCCAGCGGGCCUCCGGAACCACUGUCACAUGACACGAGAGGCCAGAGUUUUGCUAAAACCCCAGGAAGGACCCACAUAACUGAUGAAAUUUGUCCAGAAAAUGCAGAUAACGAACAACAACAACGGCAGUUUUACGCCGUCACGGAAUUACUCGCAACAAAGUUGUAAUGCAUUCGAACGUAAUUACACAGCAAACACCUUAUAAUCCCAGGUACACUGGGUCAGUAACUGACAAGGAACAACUUACACUGUGCUGACCCAAAGAUAUGGGAUACAGGAUGAAGUACAGAGGACGUUAAAAACAGGAUUGUGCACAGGACAAAUUUGCUAAAAACUCUAUCGAAGUUUUACACCAUCCUCAUUCAAGCUACCAACUCGUCAGCUUUCAUUCCUUAAAACUGCUGGAGAUGUAACUCGAAGAAUCCACUUUGAGUCUAACUGUAUGACUUAACUGCAUCUUUCCUUGGAUGGCAGAACUCAAGCAAAACCCCACAAAGAAGAUUCCCAGCGCUGUCUUUUGAAGGGUGCAGAAGCGAAAAGAAACCCCGCAUAGAUUCAUUGCCUCCAAAAGAGCACGUACAUGUGCCCAGCAUGAGCUUGAGAAUCUCCACUUCAACCGUUAUUUGUCCAGGCGAAGAUAUGUGGAAAUGGCCAGUUUGCUCAAACUUAAUGAGACAAAUCUGGUUUCAGAACCGGAGGAUGAAGCAUAAAAAAGACUGCAGGUCAAAAGGAUUUCUCUCUUUGAUGGACCAUCUCCAAUCAGGAGCCCACCAUCAUUGCUGCAAAUAAACAUGACAGAUUCUUUAAAACCAGUGACCGAACCCUUUUCACAGUCCUGCUGACUUCAGAGGAACUGCUCUGACAAGGUUUAUCAAACAGUCGUGCAUUCCUACUCUUUUUUUUUUUUUUUUUUUUUUUUUUUUGUACAGAAUCUUGCACUAGUUGAAUUUCCUCGAUUUGUUGAAGAUAUAGCUUCUCUUGACUGGGAGUAGAACUAUAAAGAUAGAUGCAUGUCAUCCACUGUGCAUCAGGUGCAUAGUCCACCCUCUGAUGCUAUUUCUUGAAGUACGGCUGAAUAUAGCAAUUCUUAAUGUUUAACUGGUAGUAAGCAUUCUUUGUCUUCUAGACAAGCUCGUCUCUCCAGAAACAUCCUAUCGGCUGGGCAUUCAAGUUCCCCAGGACUAACAACAGCCUUUCAGCACUUUCAAUAACACUCCUUUCGCAAACGAUUAAAUGCCAGAUUCAUGUAAUAGGCAAUUCCAAAUAUUUAUAGCAAGUACAUGUAAAUUAUUGGGAUUGUUAAAUACAUUUUAACUAAAAAUAAAUAAAUAAAUAAAUAAAUAAAUAAAUAAAUAAAAAGAUUUCCUAUGUCCCAACAGAAUGGAGAAAGUGCUUUCUUCUGUAACAUGCAUGCAGUGAUAAUAAUAAUAAUGGAAGAAACACUCACUUUUGCGGUUUUUAGGUUCGAACUAGGCUACUGUCGAUUUAUAGGACUACUCCUAUAAAUUACCUCUGGCUAUGAAACUGCAUUCCAGAUUUUAGAGAAUCAAAAGCCACAUUUCCUGUCUUCUUUGGUUUAGGAGCAAAAAUAUACUAGCGUCAAAAAAAAUCUUGCUAUGUCAUAUUAUGGGGAUUAUUUCUAAAUAGGCUAUUUAAAUAAAAUAACAGAAGGGUGGUCAACUAGCAUACACAUAGAGAGAAAGAAAUAAAGCCAAAUCAGUCUCUGAUGUGCAAUGCAGCAUGAUUCAAUGCUUUCACUACUUCAGACCAGUAAUCUACGUUAGUACGCAUACAUUUAUUCCGACAGUACAACACUUUGUAAAAUUUAUAUUUUUUAUUUUUAAGAAUUGCUUUAGUCGUCUAAUUCACAUUAGGUCCACCAUGUGAUUUACACAUUGCGAGUUUAUCAAACUGAUGGGUGGAUUCUAUUGAUGUGUUUGUCAUGUAAAUGUGAAUCGUUUGAUGGACACCUGCAACGCCCAGAGUGCUAACGCGGGUUGCACACUAUUGGUGCAAAAUUAGUCACAUGAUCUGUCACUUAACUGAUAUGAGCUUGGAUAGAACUUUGUGUGGUUUGACAUACUGCUUAAAGGUUGUAAGGGCACUGAGACCACACAUCAGCGUAUUUGACCCUGCUUAAUACAUUUUGCUUGGUCAGUCAACAAUGAGUUCCUACUUAGAUUAUACGAUUUAUAACCGUGGCGCUAACACGUACAGUACGAAGAUUGGGUGUUUUCCUUUGGAGCCAGAAUACUUGCCAAGUGCUUGUACAAAUAGUUACAUUCCCGAGGGACGGCCAGCAAUAGGGAACACUUUCACACCGGCACCGCUCGAAACUCAUGGCGCAGCUUAUGCGCAACUUCAGUCGCAGCCAUACCACAACAUCAACAUGGACAUGGCCAUGGGUAAAAAUGGACACAGCAGUUUUUGCAAGCAAACCCGACCUCACUCGGAUUAUGGACAUCAACACGUUCUCACUCAAGCAGAUGACCACAUGCGUCUUCAGUCCCCUGCUUUUUCUGUCGUUAACAUGGGAUCAAACAUGGGAACAUUCAGUGAAUCUAACUGCAGGCCAGGAUCAGUCUCUGCAAGCCAUUAUCAGUCCUAUACCUAUGGAGAGCACGAACCUCAGGGCUAUGGUUCAUUCAACAAGUACCAUGUCUCCGCUGACAGUGACAGCGACUCCAAGACGAACAUUAAACAAGCGCCAACGUUUGACUGGAUGAAAGUCAAGAGGAACCCCCCUAAAACAGUUAAGUUCGCAGAAUAUGGGAUCCACGGCCAGCAGAAUAUCAUUCGCACAAAUUUUACCACUAAGCAGCUCACCGAACUUGAGAAGGAGUUCCACUUCAACAAGUACCUCACCAGGGCGCGCAGAGUGGAGGUGGCCGCCACCCUCGAACUGAACGAAACGCAGGUUAAAAUUUGGUUUCAAAACCGUAGAAUGAAGCAGAAGAAGCGCGAGAAGGAGGGAACAGUACCGGUCAUUAAUCGAGCGACUCUUAUCUCUGCUGGUCAAUGCGCAGGCAACUCAAACUCCUCAUCCCCGGGAGCUUCGCCUACCUCAGACUCUUCCGCUGCUGCUAUUUGACAUUUGUGGGCCUAUAUGUGGCAAACGAACUGUAUACUGUUAUAAGAUGUUUCAUCAUCGUACUGUGGAUAACUAUUUAACUUAUUUUUCUGUCGUAGACAAAGCAUUAAAUAUAUGCUUGUGUGCAUGUUUUAUAUAUACAUAAACGCAAGCCUAAUCAGUUUUGCAUCAGAGCCACAGAUAUCAUGGUUCAAAUGAAUAAACACAUAACAGGGUGUAGACUUAGAAGUCCAAUGAAAGAUUUUUUUUUCCAGGUCAUCAGGUUGAUGUCUUAUUUUGCACUACAGAUUCCUACCUCUGUUGAAAGAGUGAAAAAAAGAAUGUAAAAAAGGCUGACAUGAUUCUGUAUUUUGAAAUCUGGCCUAUAUGAAGUUCUAAUAAAUAAAUAUUUUAUUUUCCUGAAAUAGGUUUGUGGAUUUAAUCUGAUGAAAACAUUUUAGAUU